AUGACGGCAUCGACAAUCGCUGAAGCACUGGAUUCCGGAUGGAUAUCUCGGUUUGGCGUUCCCACCUACAUAACAUCCGACCAAGGGCGCCAAUUCGAGUCGACGCUGUUUGCAGAACUUACUCGUCUGCUCGGAUCCAGCCAUCUACGCAUGACGGCAUACCAUCCCCAGUCGAAUGGUAUCAUCGAACGAUGGCAUAGAACACUUAAGUCGUCCAUCCUAUGCCACGAUCCUGAUCACUGGUGCGAUCACCUACCAGUGAUUUUACUUGGACUGCGGACAACGUACAAGGAAGACAUCAAGGCAUCGCCUGCCGAGAUGGUAUACGGUACGACACUCCGUAUACCGUCAGAGUUUUUCGUCACCAAUUCGGAGAGCACCAACGAAGCUGAAUUUGUUGCUCAACUACGAAAGGCAAUGCGUGACCUUCGUCCCCAAGAAACCGCUAGACAUGGUAAAAGUAGAGUGUUCGUUCAUCAGGACCUGCAAACAUGCAAGAAUGUAUUUGUACGCAACGAUUCGAUUCGUCCCUCGCUAUCACCUCCAUACGAAGGACCCUUCGAGGUGAUACGCGGAUGCGUUGUCGGUUUAGCUGCGUCGAUGCUACUGAUGGAGGAGAGAGGUUCGAUCUUCAUCCGAUACGAUGAGCUGCGUAUCUUCAACUCGAUCUCGAUUUCGAUCUCUGUUAAUAUUUAUAAUAUGUGCCAAGAAUAA